AUGGACUCUGACGAUCUUGACGAUAUACUCUUUGCGCUCCCAGCAUCCCAAGAAUCCCUUGAUGAUAUAUGGAGCGACAUGUCUGAAGACGAUAUUCUUGACGCCCCGAUGGAGAGCGAAUUCGACACACGGGAUCUAUGGAGCAGUCCAUUGCUAAUGCCAACAGCAACUGACGAGGAGUCUUUUGAACAAGUCAAUAUCAAGAAUGCAGAAGUUGAUCAUACGAAAAUCAAGCAACACGUUCCUGACAAUACCAAGCGACAAUUGCGUGACAGGAGUUGGGUCAUCGCUCGCAUCGAAGCUGUUCUAGAAACUAUCGUCGAUGCCCUACUCGAAGAAAGCGAACCGCUAAAGAUUACACUGAAAUCCCGUGCAGGCCUUUCUCGAAGGCGCAUCAACCCUGUCGAUAGCAGCGGACGCGUUCCAGACCCAAAAGAACGAGAUAUCAACUUUCCUGGAAGCAGUGUACAAGAAGCCUGGAACUUCACUGUACUCCUGCGCAUUCUCGAACUCAUUCACGGCGCGCUCAUUGAUGACACUAUUAUGACAAAGCGCGAUAUUUACUAUCGACACCCAGACUUGUUUGUCAAACAAUCAGUUGUUGAUCGCUACGUAGAUGAUCUAGCAUGCACCUUUGGUAUUACAAGGUCUGAGUUACAUGUGACUGCGGCUGCAAAAGGGUUGGUUGCUGGAAACUUCAGUAUACUUCGGAAUGAUGGUCACCGAGUAAAUGGAAUGAACGAGAAAGAGGGCCUGCUCGUUCCAAAAAUUGGCGACGAUGACACCUUGUUUCUGGGUUCAGUUCGCUGGGUUCUUGUCAUCGAGAAAGAGGCAAAAGGAUAUCCCGACGUAGCUUCAAGAAGAUUCCUUCGUCAGUUAACAAACCAAGCCCCUCACAUACCGAUGUAUGCGUUGAUGGACUUGGACCCGGAUGGUAUCGCCAUAUUAUCCACGUACAAAUACGGUUCGUACCGUCUGGCUCAUGAAGAUGUUGCAUCAAAGGGUAUACCCGCACUAAGCUUGCCCGACAUUCGUUGGCUUGGUGUAAGGAAUCACCAUAUUAGCCGGACUCCGACAGACGAGUGUAGCACAAGUACAAGUGCAACGUCUAUACCUCAAGGCCUUAUGAAGUUAACGGUACGCGACCGCGCAAAGGCAACUCGAAUGCUGGAGUGGGAUCUGUGUGCUGAAGACGGCCCAGAGCAAGGUUGGAGGCGAGAGCUACAAACAAUGCUCACACUCAAUGUCAAAGCUGAGAUGCAGAUACUGGACGAAUUGCCUGGUGGUUUGGUGUCGUGGUUAAGCUACGAGCUCGAACAAGCGGUGGGCCAGGUGCCUGAACUACCUAGGAGCAGCUCUUCGGACGACGGGCUGUUAUUCUGA